AUGUCAAAGCUUUUUGAGCCUCUGAAGAUUGGCACUGCCCAGCUAAAUAAUCGCUGCGUAUUAGCGCCUCUGACUCGGUACCGUUGCGAUGACGACUGGGUACCACUGCCAAUUGCUACAGAAUACUAUGCUCAAAGAGCGGCCGUGCCUGGCACACUUCUCAUAACCGAAGCAACAGUGAUUUCUGAGCGCGCUGUUGGACGUCGAAAUGUCCCUGGUAUCUGGACCGAAGGACAAAUUGCAGGAUGGAAACCCAUCAUCGAUGCAGUGCAUUCAAAAUGCUGCUACAUAUACUGUCAGCUUUGGCAUCAAGGUCGCGCAGGAUGGCCGGAUGUUCAUAAAUCCCUAGGUCAUACGUUGUUGUCGUCAAGUGCAGUCCCAAUCGACGAGGCCAGGGCAGUCCCCGAAGAAAUGACGGAAGAAGAUAUCUGGCAGUCAAUCAAUGACUAUGCAACAGCAGCCAAGAAUGCCAUUACGGCAGGUUUUGAUGGAGUUGAGAUUCACGGUGCGAAUGGCUACCUCGUCGACCAAUUCCUCCAAGAUACGUGCAACAAACGAGAGGAUAGUUGGGGCGGGACAAUGAAGAGGAGGGCCAGAUACGCCAUAGAGGUAACGAAAGCUGUGGUCAAUGCUGUUGGGGCUGAGAAGACCGCAAUACGAUUGAGUCCAUUUAGCGACUUUCAGGGCAUGCUAAUGGAAAACCCACUGCCAACCUUCGAAUACGUCGUACAGCAAUUGAAACCUUUUCAUCUGGCAUACCUGCAUUUGGUCGAAGCUCGGAUAACAGGCAAUGAUGACAGCGAGUGUGGAGGCAAUAACAAUUGCAGUUCGUUAAUCAAGACAUGGGAAAACACGAGUCCUGUGCUGUUGGCCGGCGGUUUCAAGCCCGAAAGUGCUUUAAAAGCUGCGGAUGAGACAUAUAAGGACUAUGACGUCGCUGUCGCUUUUGGACGAUACUUCAUAUCAAACCCAGACCUUGUUUUCAGAAUUAGAGAAAGGAUAAGAUUGGCAAAGUAUGACCGCGCUGUUUUUUAUACGCCAAAGAAGGCCGAGGGCUACAUCGAUUAUCCGUAUAGUUCUGAAUAUAUUGCCCAGGCAAACUAG